AUGAAAGAUGACCAGAGGGAAAAACAACUCGCUCAGCUUUGCAAGGUGGUGAAGAUUUUGACUUGUAUGGCGGUUUUGAUUACUAUAAUCUUCAUAUUCUUGUAUACAAGUACUGAUUGGCUUGUCAACCAUGGCGAAUCUCAUCAAUAUAGCAAGGCUUUACUGAAGAUACCAGACUAUGGAAAAGAUUUGAUGUCCACAAAAGAUUACUUAGAAAGAAGGAAUUUGUGGGCUUGGUUUACAGCUGCUGCUGUUGGUGGAAUGAUGGUAGCUGCUGCUGGCCUUACAGGAGCUUGGUGGGUUAAAUCUUGUGUUACAGCUCCUGCAAUUGCUACUCCACAAUGUUGGUAUGCAGCUGCUGGUAUAGUUGUUGUGGGUGGCCUUGGGCUUGCUUUGAGUGUUUUAGGGGGCGCAAAUUUGGGUAAUGCCAAAAGAGAUGUUUUCGAAAGUAAAGACACAUUAAGUGAGGUGAAUGACAUAUUGAGCUCUGCACUUGGUGUGAGAAGUAUCAGAUUGUUUCACAUAGCUGAUGCAGAUAUGGAACCAGUCGGAGAAAAGAGGGACGCAGAUGAAGGUACUAUCGCUAACGCAAACCUUAUCACUUGGAAAUCUGUCUACCGUAACCAUGCAGCCGCCCAUACCACUGGCAUCAAAAAUAUAACAGAGUUAGCAACCUAUAUCGUACAAUCCCGGCCAGUCUCAGCCAAUGUUGAUACCAUUGAUAACUUCAACAAUAGUACCAUUAGCAGCAGAGUUAGACGCAGACAGAACUACUUCGACGUCAACUACGUUACUUGGAACUGGGAUAAUGUAAACCAUGAUUUGGAUAGAGUUCUUUCUCAGGACCGUGGAAUGGAGGAAAUGUGGGAAUAUGAUCAAGAAGUU